AAUCCUAUUACAAAUCAAUAAAUCUAUAAUUUUCAUUAGAAUUAUUUGAUAAAAUUCAUUGUGAAUCAUUGUACACAUUUGCAAUCAUUAAAUACAACAAUGUUAGAUAGUACAACGUCACAAUCAACAGAGGAUCUUUAUAUUAAAUGGUUAAAUGAUCAGUUAGCUAAGGCAACACCUCCAAUGAUUGUAUAUGAUUUAUGCGAAGAAAGUAUAUGCAAUGGUGUAGCUAUUGGUGUACUUUUAGAAAUUAUCGGUGAAAUAAAAAUUGAUGGUCUAUUGUUACAGCCAAUUACAAUUGUAGAACGUUUACAUAAUAUUCAUGAAGUAUUUAGUGUAUUAAGACGUUUAAAUGUAAAAAUCAAUAAUAUCCAACCUGAAGAUAUCAUGGAAGGUGAUAAACAGACGAUAUUACAAUUAUUAUAUGCAAUUAAUGAUUAUUUUAUGCCAAGAAUUAUAACAAAAUCGAAUAAAAUGUUAAUGACCAGUAAUAAUAAUAAUAAUAAUAAUGAUAUUGAUUCUAGAAUGGAUUCAACUGGUCGUACAUCUGCAUGGAGUACUAUAAGUAAUUCAACUAGACGAACACAAAUCAGUCGAUCAGAAACCACACCACAUUUAAAUGGUAAUCAUGAAAAUGACUUAUUCUCAAUGAAUAAUCAUCAUGCACAAAAUAAUACAAAUAAUCAUAAUCAUAAUCAUAAUCAUAAUAAUAAUAAUUUUCCACAUUCACAACACAAUGGUACUGAUUAUCCAACAUUGAAUCAUUAUACCAAUCAUUAUACAAAUAAUCAUCAAUCACAAUCUUAUUCAUUUUAUCAAAAUCCUGAUCAACCUCAUUAUCGUUCAUCAGCUGUAACACCAACUUCAUCAGAAUUAACUAGUUCAACAAGUCCACGAUCUAGAAGUACUGUGUACAGAGUACAUUCUGAUCCAUUAUCACCUGUACAUAAUAAUAAUAAUAAUAGAAGAGAAAUUUGUUCAUCAAAUACACCAAUUAACAUUCGAUCGGCUUUACCGAAAUUGAAUUCUGGUUCCAAAGGUUAUUAUAAUCACCCUAAUUCAACGCAAUCAAUAAAACCAAAUGAUAGAAAUACACAAUAUUCAAUGAAAACUGGACAUUCAACUAAUGAAUUACCACAUAUCAUUGAUUCAAUGAAUGAAGUACAACAAUUGAAAUCACAAUUGAAUAUGUUAUCGAAACUUAUUGAAUCAGAUGGUUCCAGUCCUGUACGUACUGCUUCAGCAUUACGUACAACAGCAUCUAAAAGUACACAAACUGAUUUCGGCUAUCUAUUGGACAGACAAGCGAAAAAAUCAAAUGCUGAAAUUUCAGAACUACGAGGUAUUAUUAAAAUUAAAGAAGAAGCAAUUCAUUUAUUGGAGGAAGAAAAUUCACGUUUAAGUGAUUCAUUAAAAACAUUUUUAUAUAAUAUAAAUAAACCGGGAAAUUUAGACAAAACUACCAUGUCUAGCAGUAAUUAUAAUAAUAAUAAUCUACAAAAAUUAUCUAAUAAUCCUGUCAAUAGAUCACAUGAUUUUACACCUCCAUAUCAUCAUCAACAUCAUCAUCAGUAUCAACGUGAUGCUAUUCAUCAAACUAAUCCAAAUGCGUCGUCAAAAUAUUUAAAUCAACAAAUGGAUACCAAUACUCCAACUAUUACACCAACAAUUAUUCCAUCAUCACAAUAUUCACACAUGAAGCCAUCAAUGAAUGAUCAAAAAACACCACCAUUGCCAACACGUUCCAUUAGUCCAUGUAAAUCGGAUCAUUUUGAUAGACAAUCCAUACAACCAUCUUCACCAUCAUCAUCAUCAUCACCACCGAAUCGUCAAUGGAAUUCAGAGAGAAUAAAAAAUAUCAAACGUCAAUUAUCACCAACUGGUAAACGAUUUCCAUAUUAUCAACCUUAUAUACAUUCAUUAAUGCAUUCUAAUGAAUUGAAUAAAGUUGAAAAGCAUAAAUGUUCUGCGGAAUUAAAAGGUCAUCCACAUGGUCUAACAGCAUCACAAGCUCAACUUGUAAAAAGUCCAACUCAACGAUUAUUAAUGCAAAGUCUUCCAACCACUGGUUAUUAGAUUAUUCAACAUACCCUCCACCAAAAAAAAAUAGCACACAAUCAAAACGUUACACGAUGCUUGUGUUCAUUUAUUCAAAGCUUAGUAGUAUGUAAAACAAUUAAAACCAACGUACAAGAUAAUUCAUAUUAUUAUGCAAUAUCAUUGAUGAAUUUCUAUCUUUCUUGUUCACAAUUUCGACAAAUACUCUACAAUUAAUUUUUUGCCUUCCUAAUUAUUAUAUAAUGAUUACACAGUACAACUUCUACUACUGUUUAACCAUUUCUUCUCAUGAUGCCAAGUUUUUCCAAUUUUUUUCCCUGGUUAAUUGUUUGAUACACACAUCGAUAAACGCUACUACUACUACUACUACUACUACUACUACUACUACUACUACUACUACUACUACUACU